AUGAUUGAGGAACACUACAAGCACAAGGAAGAAGAAAGACUAAAAGAAAACCUUGAGUCGUUUGAGAGUACACUGAAGUCAAUAAAAUCAAAGACCAAGAUAUUGGAGUCACAGACUAGAUUUCUUAAGGAUUUUAAUACAAGAUUGGAGAUUCUACUCAAGUGUUUUGAGGCAUAUUCCUUUGAAGAAGCAGAAGACAGCAUAGCAAACAAGAAUAUCGCAACAAAUAAUAAAGCAAGCAGUAUUACAGCGAGUAAGAACAGUGUGGUGGCUACAAGAUUGGGUGAAGAUAAAGACAACGUGGUAAAUAGCAGUGAAGAUGAAAAGCAGAAUAAUAAAAAAGUAAAGACAAUGCCAGACAACAGCUCUACAGCAGCAAAGGCAAAUCCGAUGGAGGUUAUUGAAACAGUUUUUGAAAAAAGACCUGCAGCUAAGAAUUUAGCAAUGACCUUGUUUGAGAUAAUUCAGGCGAAUGAGCCCAUUUCGCUGGACAAUCUUGUCAAGUCGAUUAAGACCAGCAAGUACAAGGCAAUAGAAAUAGUGAAUGUGCUAAUAAAAGAGAAGGUUAUUUUGAAGAGCUUUGACAGGGGGUUUGUUUAUAGAAUUAACAGAGAGUAUUGA